CGUCCGAAAGUUACUCCAAUUAAAUGUGAGAUUUGUCAUUUAUUAGAACGCAAGCGCCUUGGCAGUCUGCCAUAAGAUACCUGCUGAUCAAUUUUGAUCUUAGAUUUUGACAUUAUCCUCGAAUUUCUCGCAGGAACGGUGAAAUCAAUUUAAACAUGGGUAACGAAAGCUCUCUACCCAUGGAAUUGUGCUCAAACUUUGAUGCCGACGAAAUCAAAAGAUUGGGCAAACGAUUUCGAAAAUUGGAUCUCGAUAACAGCGGUGCUCUCAGUACCGAGGAAUUUAUGUCACUACCAGAAUUACAACAAAAUCCCCUGGUGCAGCGUGUCAUAGAUAUAUUCGACGCAGACGGCAAUGGAGAAGUAGAUUUUAAAGAAUUCAUUCGUGGCGUUUCACAAUUUAGUGUAAAGGGUGAUAAAGAAAGUAAAUUAAGAUUUGCAUUUAGAAUUUACGAUAUGGAUAAUGAUGGAUUCAUUAGCAAUGGUGAAUUAUUUCAAGUAUUAAAAAUGAUGGUAGGAAAUAAUUUAAAAGAUACACAAUUACAACAAAUAGUCGACAAAACAAUAUUAUUCGCAGACAAAGAUGAAGAUGGAAAAAUUAGUUUCGAAGAAUUUUGUUCAGUUGUGGGUAAUACGGACAUUCAUAAGAAAAUGGUGGUUGACGUUUAAGUAAUCAAACUCUAUUCGACAUGUAAAAACUUUAAACGAUGCUAAACGGUAAUGUAAUUUCAACUUGAUGAAUUCAUUACUAAUCAUAGCUUUAUCGGAUAGUUUAUAAGUAAAAAAUAAAGAUCUGUCUCGUACUAGGGUGAAUUAAAAUGAUCCCCGUUCAGACGUUAAUCAUCGAUAUCAAUUGAUUUGUACCAUAGCACAUAGAAAUUGCUUAAGUUCUCGAUAGUACUAAUUUAAUCUUCUAAAAUCAGUAAUAUAACAAUAUUACUGCUUCAAUUCUUUGGUAGUACAAUUGUUACUCUAUUUAUAACUUUUUCUCCCUUCUUCUUUCGAAUCAAGGGCGGAAUCUACAAUUUUACUCUCUUUUAAUAAAUGAAUUUUCUUUUUUUUUCUCUUUUUUUUACACAUGUUUUCUCUUGCCAUUUUUGCUUUUCUAGAGAAACCAAGUGUUCGCCCUGAAUCCGCCAUUGUUUCGAGUUAGACAAUCUUAUUAAAUUUUACAGCUUCAACUUUGAACGUAUAUAUUGUAAAUCCAUCUGGAUUAUAAAUUGUCUUUACCUCUCUCUCUCCCCCACCAAAUGAUCAGUGAUUUAUACAUACAUCUCGAUAUAAUACAUUACAUACAUAUAUACGAGCAUAGAAUCAGUUUGAAACUUUUUAUAAUUCCGUAAGUUAUUUAAGAGUACGUAAAAGCGUAAAAGCGACUUAUAAGUAACAGAACUGUCUUUGAAAUACGCGCAAAAUGCAAACUUUGCAUUAGCAUGUGCCUGGGAAAGGGUUUUUAAAUAAAUGUACGACUCGCUAAUUCCACUAAUACACUCGAAUUCAAAAUAAAAUAAAAACAACUAUUAAUGCUUCGAAAAUACCAUUGAAAAAAUAAUGGACGUUUCUGCAAUGCAAAAAAUGCAAAAAAACGUGUGUGCAAUAUAAACGGAGUGUUCGCCUUGUCAAAUUCUUCGCAUAAUAAAUAGGGCACCUCCUCUUUUUUCAAAAUAGGAACUAUAGUUCUUGGAUGGCAUAUCAUGAAAUUUAUGUUUCGCGAAGAUUUAUUAUAUUAACUCUUAACUUGUAGCUAGAAAGAGCAAAUUUGUUAUUUUGUAUCUUGCGAGAGUAAUUGGAAAGAAAAAAAGAAAAUUGUUUUUGCAUGUUUUUUUUCUUUUUCUUUUCUUUUUCUUUUAAUAAUUUAUUUAUUGUUGUUGUUUUUUGCCCAUAAAUAUAUUUAAAUUUACAUCGAUUGUAAAUUCGGAAGAAACGGAUGAUCAAGGCCGAAUAUCACAUUAAUAGAGGCACAAGUGGAUUUUUUUUUUCUUAAAAAGAAUUAUUGUGAGUCGAUCCAAGUUUUAGGAAAAAAAAAAAAAGAGAACUAGUUGUAAGAAUUAUGCGUCUAGAUAUCUACGUCUUGCCAUGUUUCGUGCAAAAGACUGAAAAACAUCUCGGUUCUCUGCAUCUUUCGAAUGUACAAUAUUGCAUUGGUUGCAUAUUACUUAAAGUGUGGUUAUUUAAGUGAAAGUAUAUAUUAUAAAUAUACAUAUAAUUAUAAAUUUAAUAAUUAUAAAGAAAGAAACUUAUUCUAACGUUUUAACUGUUUCUAUAUGUAAAUGUUAUGUGCUCUCGCUAAAUGUCCAAUCAAAGUUCAGAAUUUAAAAAUAUAUUGCAAUGAAUCUCUACAA